AUGUCAAACUCUUCCGCCGACGUGUCGCCGCUCUCGUCUCCAGAUAUCCGGCCAGACGACAUCGUGUUCUCGGGGAGAUCCUCGCCCAGUCCGUUCUUCAUGGACAGCCCAGGUGCAACCCCGAGAGCCCGGGAUACACACCUGAGGCCCAACGCUAGAGGCGCACCACGUUCACCACGUUCACCAUCACGAUCCACCGCCGCUAACGACUCGUCGCUGUCAAACUCCCCCUGGUUGGGGCCAGUCCGCAGCAGACCAAUUGCCAUUGAGCUACCUCCUCCCAAGAAAGUCAAUAGUGCCCCUGUCUAUACGCCGCCGGCGCCGCUGUCUGCUCGUGGGGAUCUGCCUGGUGGCUAUUUCCCGUUGCAUGAGGAACAAAACCGCGUCUAUCGUCCACACCCUUUCCAGCUUGACGCUUCGAAGGCGCGCAUGAAAUCGAUAGAGCGCGCCUCCCAGUCUUGUUCUUCGGCUACCCUCGCUACCGUCUCCAACGUAACAGCAACCGGGACAAUUCCACCCACGACGACAGCCCCUGCAGCCAUGGCCGGCCGAUCUAUGCCGCCGCCGAAGCUGAGCACUACGAGUCUGCCAAAGGCCGACUCCGAGUCCAGAUCCAACACUCCCGUGGCCUCCUAUAUGCCCAUUGGUUCCCAGGACAGCCCUUUACCUAUGGGCAGAUAUUACCCAUCUAACUACGAGCAACAGCGGAAGGAUGAGCAAAGGAAGAUACAGCUUGUUCGACCCAUGACAUCAGAUAUGGCAACCUCUAGCGUGUCCAUGUCCGAUACCCAGGUGCCAACCGUCAACCAGUCUCCGACCUCGGGCCACUCGCGCAACGAGUCUGAGGCAAAGCGAAGAUUGCAACAAUACCAGCGUGACAUGAUUGCUCAAGCGACACUUGCUCUCAAUGGCGGCAAUGUCAACCAAGCCACCCUUAGCUCUCUGCGGACCAUCGGGUUCGGCAGUAUGUCGAAACCAAGCAAGCCGAUGCUGGCCCCAUUGGGAAGCCCCGGCCCUGUGACACCCAUGGAGCUCGCAGGCACCGAGGAUGGAUAUCUCGGAGCUCGAGGAGACCCGAAUGCCGAGUCCGAGGAGAUCGCCCGUGCGAUCAGAGUCGAAGAGGAACGGAAGAGACGUGAGGGUGCCUCGUCGCCUGUCGUUGAAUUAGGUCCAAGCACAUUUUGA